AUGACAAGGAAGAACAAGAGAAGGAGAAACGAAGAGCAGAGAAGAGACGCACAGGGUGUGCUGGUGGCCACAGACAACACAGAGCAGCAGCAGCGGUUGUCCAAGGAUUCAGGAAGUCUCCGCAGACAGGAGAUUAUUGUUGCUGCCGCGGAGGAUGAUUCAGCCUCUAGGGCUGUCACGUUAUAUCCUGGUUGGGUAUGGCCAGCGGCGCCCAAACGCGGGCUGGAGGCUGGAAGUGGGAACCAGUUAGGAAACAGCGGCGGGUGGGGGCACGGCACGGGCACAAUUUUACCAACUGUCGGGAUAAAGCGAUAA